AUGGCUGAACAGUCUGCACAAGAGACAGCCGUUGUGCUGACCCUCCCAACUUUCGACAUGACUAACGUAAACGUAUGGUUCGCCCAGACUGAAGCCAUAUUCCAAGCAAAGCAUAUUCACUCUCAGACUGCGCGUUACGCGUAUAUAGUCGAGAAGCUGCCACCAGAGAUCGCUGCUGACGUGCUAGACCUUUUGGAAGCCGUUCCCGCUCAUAACCCCUUUGAUAUACUAAAGGAAGCCAUCAUCUACCGUACUGGAAAAUCGCAUGAGCGCAGGUUGCACGAUCUAUUUAAUACUAUACAGCUCGGAGACAGCCGCCCGUUACAGUUACUUCGACAAAUGAAAAAAUUACUAUGGAAGAACUCGAUGUCGGAAUCAUUAUUCCGCAAACUUUGGCUGGACAAGCUACCGCCAUAUACUUCACAGAUUCUGGCUACGCUACCCAAUGACUUGGAUCUCUCGAGAAUUGCUGAAAUCGCUGAUAAAAUUAAUGACGUACCCAACAUCAGCAGCGCGGACUCCCCUGUACCCACUGACGCUGCUAUGAUGGAUGUAAUAGAACAGCUGAAACAGCAACUCGAGAGGCUUUCCACCCAGGUGCAGCAUCUUACCAGAGCAGAGGAUAAAAACUCAUACAAGGUACGGCGACGCUCUCAUUCUGCUACUCGCGCUCGCCGGCCCAUGCUAUGCUGGUACCAUCGUAACUAUGGUGAUAAAGCUCACAGAUGUACUAAGCCUUGUACCUUCAAGUGCCAACCUUCACCCAAGGCAUCACGGAAGGCGGGAAACGUCGAUCCCGGCAGCACUUGA